AUGUCCGUAAGAAGAACGGGAGAUGGAGUAUUACCACCUCAAGACGACGUUGCGAUUGAAAAUGUUCGUGAUUCUGCUCAAGUCAACGGUUCUGGCAGCCAGAGGAAUGUGGACGGUGGAGGAAGUCAGCAAGCAAGAGUGUGCGAGCAGAGAGUUCCAAACAACAGCGUGUCCCAUCAAUCUCUGGAGAAGCUGAAAGGCCGUGACGACUAUGCGGCGUGGGCGUUCGGAAUGCGGAUGGUAAUGAUAAAGGAAGGAACCUGGCGUGCCAUUAAUUCUCCGGACAACGUUCAGAUCAGUGACGACCUCUCGGACCGUGCCUUAGCGACGAUUUGCCUGAGUAUCGAAAGGUACAAUUACAGUCUGGUUCAGAACGCUCGAACAGCCAAACAAGCUUGGACAAGUCUCCGAACGGCGUUCCAGGACAGCGGGAAGUAUAGGAAGAUUAGCCUGCUGCGGAAGCUGAUGAGAUUGGAGCUUGAAGACUGUUCAUCCGUUGAAGAGUAUGUGGACGAAAUUUUGACAACGAGCCAGAAACUUCAAGAAAUUGGUUUCCCGCUCGACGACGAGUGGAUGUCGUUGAUUCUCAUGAUGGGACUACCGAAAAGAUAUGAGCCAAUGGUCAUGGGCAUGGACGCGUCAGGAGUCAAGUGGACGGCAGAUUGGGUAAAAUCGAAGAUUCUGCAGGACGUGUCGAUCGAGUCUGGUUCUAGGGCUGGCGGAUCAAGUGGAGCACUGGCAACGUCGUGUCCGAAACAAGUGGUCAAGAAAAAGGACAAAUCAAACAUGAAAUGUUUCAAGGACAAGGCUGCUCUUGUAGGCGCAAAGCAGGUGUCGCAGUCUAUCUACGUGGCAGACGCAUCCGAGAUAGCGGUUGUGGCCGUAGGCAAUGUCGAACUAAACGCUGAAGUGGAUGACCUUGCAGUGAACCUUCUAUCUGUAAGUCGCAUCUGUCAGAAAGGCUAUUGCAUCAAUUUCACCAAAGAUGCGUGUGAAGUCAAACACGAGUCUACGGGAGAAGUUAUCGCUACGGAGCGUGAGAAGGAUGGCUUAUAUCAACUGAAUCAGGUUGGUCAAUCAAGUGCAUGUGUGGCACGUCCUGCCACCAAUCUGGAGCUUUGGCAUCGACGGUUGGGCCACUUAAACGUAGACAGCGUGAAGCGAUUACCUGCCAUGGUGACAGGAAUGGAAACUCCGAAUGGAAAGAUGUCAACUUGUGUUCCAUGUGUCGAAGGGAAGCAUCAACGGUCACCAUUCAAGUCCAGCGGCUCAAAAGCAAGAGAGGUCCUCGAGGUGAUUCACUCGGACGUGUGCGGAGCAAUGGAGAAGCCUUCGCUUGGCGGGAACAAGUAUUUCGUCACCUUUAUCGAUGAUGCCAGCCGAAUGACCUUCGUCUAUUUUCUGAAAUCCAAGAAGGACGUGUUUGAAGCGUUCAAGGAGUUCAAGACCUAUUCCGAAACCCAGACCGGAAGAAAAUUGAAGUGCCUACGGACUGACAACGGCGGAGAGUAUGUUGGUAAACAUGUUGUCGAGUUUCUCAAAACGCAUGGCAUUCGUCACGAGACAACAGUGCCUCACAAUCCGGAGCAAAACGGGCUAGCUGAACGCAUGAACCGGACGAUUCAGGAGCGAGCUAGAUGUCUACUGUUCGAAGGAAAGAUGGACAAACGGUUUUGGGCAGAAGCAGCAUCGACAGCUGUCUACCUCAUCAAUCAGCAAGAGCAAUGUCAUAUGUUCCGAAGGUUAAGCGUGCGAAGUGGGACCCCAAGUCAAUACCAUGCAUUCUGA